AGAUAACUGGACGGGAACGGGAGGAAUUAAAAGCCAGGCAGCGAGAGUUUGGGAUGGAGGGCAGAGCGGCGGGACGCUGCUGGGUGUCUCCUCUGUGAGUCUCCCGUCUGUCGCUGUGGAGGAUGGAGGUGGAGGUGGAGAGCUGCUGGCUCAGGCUGCUCCUCCUGCUCUGCUUCAUGGCUCUGCACAGCUCGGCCAUCGAGACCGUGAACUUGGUGGACUUCUGUGGCCAGACGAUCCGGGGUGACGGCAUGAUCGUCAACUCGCACCAGGAAUCUAAGAAGUACUACUUUGUGACCAUGGGGACUGACUGCCACCUCACCAUGCAAGCCAGCUCCCCUAAAGACAAGGUCCAAUUCCACUUCCGCUUCUUCCUGGUCUACAGUUUGCUACGAGUGGCCCCCCUGAGUCCGGCUCCUCUCUUCCCAGAGUCCCCUCGGGGCUCCGUCCCUCUAAACCCCAAACUGGAGCCCACUUCCGUUGAGAGCUUGGGGGACCCGUGUCAUGCCGGCUCAUAUGUUCAGUUCUAUGAUGGAGGGGACAGGAGCUCGCCGCCCCUCGGGCCUCCUCUUUGUGGGAAGAGUCCGCCCCGGCCGGUGUUGUCCACAGGAAACUACCUGACCCUGAGGCUGGUGACCCGGGGGACACAGCCCAGAGUUGACUUUGUGGGGGACUUCACUUCCUUCAGACUGGGCUUUAACCACUCCGAGUGCAGCAAUGAGCCCUAUUUCACCUGCCGAAAUGGGAAGUGCAUCCCUCUCAGUCUGGUGUGUGAUGAUAAAGGCAUUGACAACUGUGGGGAUGGAAGUGACCUGGAGGAGAACCUGACUACGGGUUGUAAAGCAGGUCAGCUUUUACUUCCUCAACCUCCGCCCCCUAUUGGAACCCCACCCCCACCUUUUGUGAAUCCACCCACAGUGCCGAUUCCUACACAUAUCAACUGUGGCAUGCCAAACAGCGCUCCUAGUCAUGAGUCUGUAACAGACUCCCCCGCCUCCCUGUUCCUGUUGGUUCUCUACAUCAUCCUGGGAGUGGUAGCAGGCAGCAUGGUGCUCUGCUGGUGCUGCUGGUCACCCGGUUGGUUCCUGUGGCGGGUCAGCUUCUGUCGCUUUUUACCCUGCUGCAACUCGGCCUGCGCCUCCUUCCAGCUCUGCUGCACCCACAGCAAGGAGCACCGACUGGCAAAAGUCACCCCACACACACCAGUCAACGGGGCCCCGACAGGCACAGCGGCCACCCCCAACACUGCUGAGGAAAAUGUUACCACGGCAGCUGUUUAGAGCAGAAGGCCUGUCCGGUUGAUAAGUUUGGGCGUGGGUACAGUAUGCUGACACUGAGCUGUGAUCAGUAGUGGACGUGAGCAGUCACUGCAUUAGGCAUUGCAACAUGACCAAGAAUCCUUAAAGUGAAGGUUGGACUCAUGCAGUCCAGAAUGCAAUGCUGGAAUGAACAGAGCUGAACUGUUUCGGUAAAACUGUGGUUCGCGUGCUUUAAAUGUGAUGAUGCAGGUGUUGAGACUGCCGUGUUUAUGUUGUUAUGAGAAGGUAAAGCAGGGUACAGUAUAACUAUGGAAUGUGUAAAAAAAACAACAUAUAUUACCGUAUCUCAAAAGACAGGAUUAAAGCCCAGUUCAGACCAAAGUUUUGCGACAAGAAGACUGUUUAAGAACGUCGCAGACAGAAAAGGUGCAGCGAUCUGAACCGGUCCUUCUCAGCUGAACUCAAACCAGCUGGUGGUGUGGCUGCGACUCAGCUGCUCCAGGCUCCAGAGGCUGGUUUUAGAACGUAAGAGACGUCAUCUGUUUCAACUAGAGAUGGUCCGAUACUGUUUUUUUAUUCCCGAUACCGAUUCUGAUACUUGAACUUGCGUAUCAGUUGAUACCGAGUACUGAUCCGAUACCAGUGUGUCAUAUAUUUUAUUAUGUUUUAACAACUGUAUAUUACUAUCCCUGUAUGGAUGUGAUUUCUAUCUUUGUUGUCAGUCUGCCUCAGGUAAAACUCUCAAACAAUGAUCGCUACAGAACUUUCUUUUUUUUAUCCAGUUUGACAGUCAGUUAUAACGGAAGAAGAACAUAAAUAAACUACUUUGACAUAGAUUUUCUUCAGGGCUUUAUUACGUUGGUUCAGAUCGAUGAAUAAACUCCAGUACUUCCCGAUACCGAUACUAGCGUUUUAGGCAGUAUCGGAGUAAUACCAACACUGGUAUCGGUAACAGAACAUCUCUAGUUUCAACAGCCAAGUCAUCUUGUAAAGUCCUCUACAAACUGUAGGAAUAAAAUGAUCCAUAAUCCAUUUUAUUUCUAUGUUACAAACUCUUAACUGGUCGAAAUGGCAGAUACACGGAGUUUCAACGAGUGCCCGCAAGCACGUGGUUUUUGCCGAUUCAUCACUAGAAAUGCCACUGUAGCAAGCAUCUCAAUAUCACUAAAGUUAUCCACAUUCAUAUUUAGAUGGAACAAAUAAUAUAUCCAACUACAAAAAGCCUGUAAGUUAAGAUGAACGUACAAAGAGUUGUUGCAGACUUACACAUUGCAAGAAGUUGCAUGUUUUAUCUCGUCUCGUCGCAAAUCUUUGGUCUGAACUGGACUUAUGGGUUCUUUGUAUAACUUUUUCUGCUGUUUUGUAGUUACCUCUUACAUAUUGUAAUGGCAGCAUUCUGUUGAAGAGAUUGCUUAUGACGUUUGAGAAGUGCAGCCUUUAAGGCUUGGCCAGCUGUAAUGAUAGUGUUAAGUUGUUGGCUUGAACAGUUUUUAGUCAUGUUGGUUUGUGUGUAAAAGUGCUUUUCUGCCCUGCUGUAGAGGAAACAAGUUAGUCAUGCAGUGAAACUACACUUCCAGUCCACAGCUUGGAACAAAAGUUUGCCACAGACACAUGCUGAGGAAUCAGCUCCAGAACUAUGUUACCCACCUGGUGACAACAGCUGUUCUCCUUGGGAGAAAUUCCUUCGAAUUUUCCACUCUCCUCCCAGCAGUCCACUGUUUCACAUAUAAACCAAUGUGGCGUUUGAACAAUAGAGCACAAAGUCACUGAGUGUCUCUGACUGGACAGGCAAAUCAAUUAAGCAAACUGGAAAAAUAAUCCCCAUUUUUCUGUGAACUCUACUAAAACUAGGUGAUAAAGUUCAAAAUCAGUUAUCAUGUUUACGCCAAAUUCCUACCCUACCUAAAAAAUAGAGACAAUUAAAAUAUUUGCCUCUUUAUAGGUGCCAAGAGUAAAAUUGAGUCAUCCUCAACAUUGUUGGAGAACAAUUAGAUAUAAAAUAGGAUCUCGGCUCUAUAUGUUGUUUAUUUUUUCCUUGACAACUAUAAUGUUUUUUUUUUUUCCAAAUGGUGUACAGAUUUGUAGGCAUUCUAUUAUCAAAUAGCUUACAAAAUAGUGCAUAUAUCAGCAUAUACCCAUGUUUAUAAUGCUCUGCCCCUGCCCCUGCCCUCAGGAUGAAUUAUGAUGACUUUGGUGAUCCUCUGACUUUUUAUCUAGGGCAUCAGGUCAACAUUUUUAUUUCGUCCAGUACAUUGAUUUAUGUCCAUAUACAUACAUAAACUAAACUAAUGACGUAUACAUGAGCCUCAGCUGAACACCUGAGCAUUACACCUGUAUGUGACGGUUGAACAUCAACUCAUCAUUCCAGAAGCAUGGGCAUUAAAAUGCUGCUCUAACAGCCUCCACAGAUUUAGUAUAAUCUUUAAUUUUCCUUUUUUGGAACAAAAGGAAUUAUCCAAAACCAGACCCAGACAAAGAGUGCCCAUAACUAUGUGGAGAAAGGUGCCUACAUACUUUUAUAUACAAUUUAUUGGGUAAAUCAUACAAAAGAAAUGGAAAUGAGGGUGUGAUCUAACCAAACCAAGAGAAAAGGUACAUGUUUUGCCAUGAAGUAAAUCAAAAUUUGGGUUUGAUGUCUUUCUAGCAGGCUUCAUUACAGCUAAGAGUACAGUAGAGGUAAGCCCCCUGCCCUCCUCCUAUAACCCAGACUGAUGCUUCAUGUGAGGGGCAGCCUGUGUUCACGUGUCCACCAGGCAAACCUUCUUUGUGGCAUCCUCUAGAUGGAGUAGCUCCAUAACCUUUCCUCCCUCUGCCACACUGUGUGUUGUACAUCCCUGUCUUUUUGAGUCCUUGGUAAGACAUAAGGCGAUAUGCUUAAACAAACCAUGUGUUUCUGACCUCCAGGUUGCCAGGCUACAGCACAUUAAAGCAUGCAGAUGUCUUUAUCUAUCUGACUUUCUGCUGCGACUGUACAGGACUACACGUACUGUACACUCAUGAGACAACACACAAACACAGUACAGUAUACAGUACAUCCUGUAAACACACAUGCUCGGACUUGCAUGUGCGUCACUCUGUGGAGAAGGUCAGCCCUCCAGCUGGAUGUUCCUGCCAACAAGACUUCUCACAUUUUACUGUAAGCUAAUAUUUAGCAUUUAACAGUCUCGUCAGAUCAUUUCAUUGAUAAAUACCACUGGUACUGGCUGAUUUGAUCACAUCUGUGUGUUUUAAUAAACACUGUGAAAGUCGAUAAAAGUAAAGAUUGUCAAAGAAAUGUCAUCCCAGCCUUAAUGCGGCACUAAUCAAUAGUUUUACAUUAAAUGUGUGAAGUGAAAGGGGUAAACCAACUUUGCUGUUCUCUUCUUUAGUUUCUAGCUUUGUUUUGGAUUUCUGGCUUUCAGCAAUCUCAUUUCCAGCAGCAGCUGGUUCCAGUGUACUGUACACUAACAGCUGGUGAACAUAUUGAGGUAUGUAGCAGAUUAAACGCUCCUGCACACUGCCUGCGUUGGGUUCAUUUUUUCAUUUCCGCUCCCAGGUUAGAGCUUGCACACUGCCUGCGUUCUGCGCAAAAAACGCAUCCAUGCUAGAAAUAAGAAUGACCCGUAUUUUUCACAUCACACGCAAAUGUGUUGGAAAGUGUUCCAGGCAAAAUAGAAUAGGAAAAGAUGUUUAUUUGUCAUUUUGACACAAAUACAUUUAAUAAAUUACAUUUUCUGUUGAACUCCUUUUUAAAUUGUAUUUCAAUAGGAUUCUGAUAAAACAAUGACAUGGACUUUAUUGACUCAGGAAAGGGAAUUGACAUAUACAAAUAUAUAUAUACUGUACGUAAUACACAAAAUACUGACAAAAUAAAGUUACUGUUUUAUUAUUAUUAUUAAUCUAUGUGAAACAUACAUGUGUACAGACAAGGCUAGCAGCAGCGCUUCAGACACGUUUCUGGUGUGCAAAGACAAAGAAAACGCCACACAACUGACACGCAACAGAAUCACCAUGCAGACAGAGUGCAAGAGCUCAGAUAUUUCCUACAAGCUUUGGUGGAGACUAAACCAGUCGGCUUGCAUUCGUCAGGUGGACACAAAUACAGAUACAGCACAUGCUAAUGUUGCUCCGUGUGUGUGCUGGAUGGCGGUAUUAUGGAACCAGUUUGAUUGGUUGGAGUUAGGCAUUGACCUUGAGUGGUUAAGGUUAGGAUAGCUGAUUGGUCAGGGAAUAGGACCUGAACAAAUCGGUUUACGUUACCCUGCGUAAGCAUGGAGGCCUGGCCAAUAGUGGAGUGUGAAUGCUAUUAAAGGGCGGGUCUUUCCAAGAAGUUGAGUGGGUUCCAUAAUAACUCUGCUGGAUGUGUAAAUAGGCAACUGUUUGUUUAACAAGUUCCCCAUAAUCACUUUGUACAGUGAUAAUUUGCGUUUGCAGUGUUUUCCCUAUCCCUGUGUUGCCAAAAAAGUCAAUUAAAACAGCUUUAAAUUUGUAUUUUCAAAUAAAUGUUAAAUAGUUUGAAUGAUUUGAUUUGUCUGAUAUAUAUAGUGUCAAGACAUUAAAAUUUUUCACAUUACAUCUGAAUUUCAGGAAAUCUGCAUUAAAGCAGAAAAGAAAAAUGAAACCGGGAGACUUUUCACUAAAUUGCAGCAUAUUGUGAAUAAUGGAGAUUUGCUUGGAUUGUUAGAAGAUAGAAAUAGAAAUAACAAAGAACAUUUUACAGUGAUUAAAAGAAAAGUAAUUGCUUACAGAUUAACAGUGCCGUGUCUAAGUGUCAGUCUCUGUUGUGUACAUACAAUGUUUUAAUAAAUGUUGCAA